ACCGUGGGUGCCCUGUAUCUUUUCCACACUGCCGUGGCUGCCAAGCAGUGUGGACCUUGUUUUAGGGGCAAUACAGAUACUUUUUUUCUAGAUUAUUGAGCGAAACAGCUGGAUGGUAAUUCUAUUAUUCAGAUUCCGACCGACCGAGACAGCCUUGUUCUUUUCACUCGUUCACAGGCGCAUUUAGCUGCGAUUUGACACGUUUUUCAUCAUCCGGACAGAACAUCCUGCUGCUGCCGGCGUGUUCUUCACGUGGGUCUCCUGUCGCUUCCUGAUAACCUUUCUGAGCCGGUUCAUUGAUAGCUAUUAGUUGAUAGGCAUUAGAAAGGCUUUCGUGAGUUACAGAUUCUCCUAUAUUGGUUACACAACGUUACAAUACAAAAACAUCCAACUAUGUCGGAGAAAAUGGCAUCCCUGAUUUUAGAGGACGGGACCACGUUCCAAGGCCGCCUUUUCGGCGCUUGUGCAUCAGUGUCUGGUGAAGUUGUUUUUCAGACGGGCAUAGUGGGCUAUCCAGAGGCCCUCACAGACCCCUCCUACAAGUCUCAGAUCCUGACCCUUACCUACCCCCUCAUCGGAAAUUAUGGGGUCCCCAAGGACGAGGAGGGAGACUUUGGACUCAGCAAGUGGUUUGAGUCCUCCAGAAUCCAUGUCGCUGCUCUCAUCGUUGGUGAACUGUCUCAGAAUCCAAGCCACUGGAGUGUAGCCAGGUCUCUGGACCAGUGGCUGAAGGAGCAUGGCAUCCCUGGGCUACAGGGGGUGGACACUCGAUGCUUGACCAAGAAGAUUCGUGAGAAGGGAACCAUGUUGGGGAGGCUGGUGGUGGAGGGCACCCUUGCUGCGAGCAUUCCCUUUGACAACCCUGACACCAGAAACCUGGUUAAAGAGGUGUCCAUGAAGGAGCCAAGGGUGUUCAACCCUGAGGGCAGUGUCAGGAUUGUGGCACUGGACUGCGGCAUCAAGAACAACCAGAUCCGCUGCCUGUGCCAGAGAGGGGCCCGAGUCACAGUGGUCCCCUGGGACCAUCCAUUGGAUAGCAAAGACUUUGAUGGCCUGUUUAUCAGCAAUGGCCCAGGAAACCCAGAGUUCUGCAGAGAGACCGUGGACAACCUGAAAAAGGUGCUGUGUGUGGAGAACCCAAAGCCCCUGUUUGGCAUCUGCCUCGGCCACCAGCUGCUCUCUCUGGUCAUCGGGGCCAAGACCUACAAGAUGAAGUAUGGGAACCGUGGUCACAACCAGCCGUGCAUCCACAAAGGCACCGGCCGCUGCUACAUCACCUCACAGAACCACGGUUUUGCCGUAGACCCCAACACCUUGCCAGAAGGCUGGGACGUACUCUUCACCAAUGCCAACGACCAGAGCAGCGAGGGCAUCGUCCACAACACCAAACCCCUCUUCAGUGUACAGUUCCACCCUGAGCAUAUGGCUGGCCCCACUGACCUGGUCAGUCUCUUUGACGUGUUUCUGGACACAGUCAGGGAUGUCAAGGAGGGCAGGAGUGGUAAACCAGUGAAGCAGAGACUGACAGAUCACCUGGCCUACCCGGAUUCUCCCGACCCUGCUGCGUUUGUCCGCCCCCACAAGGUGCUGAUCCUGGGGUCUGGAGGUCUGUCCAUCGGCCAAGCUGGAGAGUUUGACUACUCAGGGUCUCAGGCCAUCAAAGCCCUGAAAGAGGAGAAUGUCCAGACUGUGCUCAUCAACCCCAACAUUGCCACAGUGCAGACUUCCAAGGGCCUGGCAGACAAAGUCUACUUCCUGCCAAUCACCGCAGAGUAUGUUACCCAGGUGAUCCAAAACGAGCGUCCUGAUGGCGUUCUGCUCACCUUCGGCGGUCAGACGGCGCUGAACUGCGGGGUGGAGCUCACCAAGCGCGGGGUGCUGGAGAAGUAUCAGGUGCGCGUCCUGGGCACCCCCGUCUCCUCCAUCGAGAUGACGGAGGACCGGAAGAUCUUUGUGGAGAAGAUGGAGGAGAUCAACGAGCACGUGGCUCCCAGCGAAGCAGCACUGUCUGUGGAGCAGGCGAUAGCUGCAGCAGAGAGACUUGGCUAUCCUGUGCUAGUGCGCUCUGCCUUUGCUCUGGGAGGACUGGGCUCUGGCUUUGCCAACAACAGUGAUGAGCUUAGCACGCUGGUCACCGCGGCCUUUGCCCACACCUCUCAAGUCCUGGUGGACAAGUCCCUCAAGGGCUGGAAGGAGAUUGAGUAUGAGGUCGUCAGGGACGCCUAUGACAACUGUAUCACGGUGUGUAACAUGGAAAACAUCGACCCGUUGGGCAUUCACACGGGAGAGUCCAUCGUAGUGGCCCCUAGCCAGACGCUGAACGACUACGAGUACAACAUGCUGAGGAACACCGCCAUCAAGGUCAUCCGCCAUCUGGGCAUCGUGGGAGAGUGCAACAUCCAGUACGCCCUCAACCCGGAGUCCGAGCAGUACUACAUCAUUGAGGUGAAUGCACGCCUCUCCCGGAGUUCAGCCCUGGCCAGUAAGGCCACUGGUUAUCCUUUGGCCUACGUGGCUGCCAAACUGGGCCUGGGGAUCCCUCUUCCGGCCCUUAAGAACUCUGUGACCAACUCCACCACGGCCUGCUUUGAGCCCAGUCUGGAUUACUGUGUGGUGAAGGUCCCACGGUGGGACCUGAGCAAGUUCCUGCGGGUCAGCACCCAAAUUGGAAGCUCCAUGAAGAGUGUGGGUGAGGUCAUGGCCAUAGGUCGGAGCUUUGAGGAGGCCUUCCAGAAAGCCUUGAGGAUGGUGGAUGAGAACUGUGUGGGAUUUGACUACAAGCUCAAACCAGCUUCUGAUCAGGAGCUCCAGAUGCCCACAGACAAGCGCAUCUUCGUCCUGGCCGCAGCACUCAGGGCUGGGUACACGGUGGACCGCCUGUACGAGCUGACCAAGAUCGACCACUGGUUCCUGCACAAGAUGAAGAACAUCACGGACCACGAGCACCUGCUGGAGACCUACAACCAGGACGAGAGCACCAUCCCUCCAGAGGUGAUGAGAAAGGCCAAGCAACUGGGCUUCUCAGACAAGCAGAUCGCUCAGGCUGUGCAAAGCACUGAACUAGCCGUGCGAAAGUUGCGGCACGACUGGAAAAUCCUGCCCGUGGUCAAGCAGAUCGACACGGUGGCGGCGGAGUGGCCGGCGCAGACCAACUACCUGUACCUGACCUACAACGGCACUGAGAACGACCUGGCCUACGAGCAUCCCCACGUCAUGGUGCUGGGCUCGGGCGUCUACCGCAUCGGCAGCAGCGUGGAGUUCGACUGGUGCGCCGUGGGCUGCAUCAUGGAGCUCCGCAAGAUGGGCUACAAAACAAUCAUGGUGAACUACAACCCAGAGACCGUCAGCACGGACUACGACAUGUGCGACCGACUCUACUUUGAUGAGAUCUCCUUUGAGGUGGUGAUGGACAUCUAUGAGAUGGAGAACCCAGAGGGCAUCAUCCUGUCCAUGGGCGGCCAGCUGCCCAACAACAUCGCCAUGUCCCUGCACAGGCAGCAGUGCCGCAUCCUGGGCACCUCGCCGGAGUUCAUCGACUCGGCCGAGAACCGCUUCAAGUUCUCCCGCAUGCUGGACACCAUCGGCAUCAGCCAGCCCAGGUGGAAAGAGCUGUCAGACAACGAGUCUGCCAUGCAUUUCUGCGAGACAGUGGGCUACCCCUGCCUGGUGAGGCCCUCUUACGUGUUGAGCGGGGCAGCCAUGAACGUUGCCUACUCCGACCGGGACCUGGAGAAGUACCUGACUAGCGCGGUUGCCGUGUCCAAGGAGUACCCCGUGGUCAUCUCCAAAUUCAUCCAGGAGGCUAAGGAGAUAGACGUGGACGCGGUGGCGUGUGACGGCCUGGUCAUUGCCAUCGCCGUCUCGGAGCACGUGGAGAACGCCGGGGUGCACUCUGGGGACGCCACGCUGGUGACGCCGGCACAGGACAUCAACCAGAAGACCAUGGAGCGCAUCAAGAUGAUCGUCCACGCCAUCGGCCAGGAGCUGCAGGUCACUGGUCCCUUCAACCUGCAGCUCAUCGCUAAGGAUGACCAGCUGAAAGUGAUCGAGUGCAACGUGCGAGUCUCUCGCUCUUUCCCCUUCAUCUCCAAGACGCUGGGGGUUGACAUGGUUGCCUUGGCGGCGCAAGUGAUCAUGGGAAAGGAGGUGGAGCCGGUGGGAUUGAUGAGAGGAACUGGCAUUGUGGGCGUCAAGGUGCCCCAGUUCUCCUUCUCUCGGCUGGCAGGCGCAGACGUGGUGCUGGGUGUGGAGAUGACCAGCACUGGAGAGGUGGCCUGCUUCGGGGAGAACCGCUACGAGGCCUACCUGAAGGCCAUGCUCAGCACCGGCUUUAAAAUCCCCAAGAAGAACAUCCUGCUCUCCAUCGGCAGCUACAAGAAUAAGAGUGAGCUGCUGCAUGCGGUACAAACACUGGAGAGUCUGGGCUAUAAUCUGUAUGCCAGCCUGGGCACUGCUGACUUCUACACAGAACACGGAGUCAAGGUGAUGGCGGUGGACUGGCCAUUCGAGGAGGAUGAGUCGGACUGCCCCAACAAGGAGAAGCAGAGGAGCAUCAUGGACUACCUGGAGGAGAACCACUUCGACCUGGUGAUCAACCUGUCCAUGAGGAACUCGGGCGGUCGACGCCUCUCCUCCUUCGUCACCAAGGGUUACCGCACACGCCGUAUGGCUGUGGACUACUCUGUGCCCCUCAUCAUUGACAUCAAAUGCACCAAGAUGUUCGUACAGGCACUAAGCCAGAUUGGUCAAGCCCCUGCCGUAAAGACUCACGUGGACUGCAUGACGUCACAGAAGCUGGUCCGUCUUCCAGGCCUCAUUGAUGUCCAUGUCCACCUGCGUGAGCCCGGGGCCACUCACAAAGAGGACUUCUCCUCGGGCACAGCCGCUGCCCUGGCAGGGGGCGUCACCAUGGUGUGUGCCAUGCCCAACACCAAUCCCGCCAUCAUCGACCAGAACACCCUCGCCCUGGCACAGAAGCUUGCAAAGGCUGGGUGCCGCUGUGACUAUGCCCUUUACGUGGGAGCAGCCUCCGACAAUGCUGCCAUCUUGCCUUCCCUCGCAAGUUCCACAGCGGGACUGAAGAUGUACCUGAACGACACCUAUUCCACGCUGAAGAUGGACAAUGUCUCCCUGUGGAUGGAGCACUUUGAGAAGUGGCCGAAGCACUUGCCCAUUGUAGCCCAUGCUGAGAAGCAGACAGUGGCGGCCAUUUUGAUGGUGGCCCAGCUGUACCAGAGAGCCGUGCACAUCUGUCAUGUGGCUAAAAGGGAGGAGAUCCUAAUCAUCCGUGCAGCCAAGCAGAAGGGCAUCCAGGUGACGUGCGAGGUGGCGCCGCACCACCUCUUCCUGUGCGAGGACAACGUGGCAAUGAUCGGGGCAGGCCGUGCGGAGGUGCGACCCAUGCUAGGCGUAAGGGAGGACAUGGAGGCGCUGUGGGAGAACCUGGACAUCAUCGACUGCUUCGCCACCGACCACGCCCCUCACGCAGUAGACGAGAAGAACCUGGAGAAGGCUCCUCCAGGCUACCCGGGGCUGGAGACCAUGCUGCCCCUGCUGCUCACCGCCGUCAGCGAGGGGCGCCUCACCCUGGACGAUAUCAUCCAGAGGCUGUAUGAGAACCCCCGCCGCAUCUUUGGCCUGCCCACACAGGAGAACACCUACGUGGAGGUGGAUCUGGAGCAGGAGUGGGUCAUCCCAAAGCACAUGCAGUUCACCAAGUCCAAGUGGACGCCCUUCGAGGGCAUGAAGGUCAAAGGUCGAGUGAGGAGAGUGGUGUUGAGAGGAGAGGUGGCUUACAUUGAUGGACAGGUCCUAGUGCCUCCAGGCUAUGGCGAGGAUGUGAGGACCUGGUCAUCUGUUGUACCAACCCCUAUCCUCAAUGAAUCUGCGAAGGAGCCUCCUAAGACCCCUGAGACUUCCCGCCUGCCCAUCCCCAGCGAGGCUCUCCGUGUGAGACCCCCCAGCCCACGCCGCACUGCUACAGGGGACGGUCGCUUCAUCCUGCCCCCCCGCCUUCAUCGCGCCUCCGACCCCGGCCUGCCCCCAGCGGAAGACUCAGGCAGCGCAAGAAGGGCAUAUGACACAGAUGUGGCUGCUUUAGCAGACCCCUACCCCUACCCUCCUCCUCUGUCCAGGAUCCUCUCCCCCCAGACAGGCCAGACUCCCGCCGUGUCCCACCUCCAGACCUCCCCCAUGUUACACCCGCUGGUGGGCCAGCACAUCCUGUCUGUGCACCAGUUCAGCAAAGAGCAGAUGUCUCACUUGUUCAAUGUGGCUCACACCCUUCGCCUAAUGGUGCAGAAAGAAAGAAGUCUGGACAUUUUGAAGGGUAAAGUGAUGGCCUCCAUGUUCUACGAGGUGAGCACGCGCACCAGCAGCUCGUUCGCGGCGGCCAUGCAGAGGCUGGGCGGCUCGGUGGUUCACUUCAGCGAGGCCACCUCCUCCACCCAGAAGGGCGAGUCGCUGGCCGACUCCGUGCAGACCAUGAGCUGCUACACCGACGUGAUCGUGCUGCGCCACCCCACUCCUGGAGCCGUGGAGACUGCUGCGAAGCUCUGCCGAAAGCCGGUGAUCAACGCUGGGGAUGGGGUCGGGGAGCACCCCACUCAGGCCCUGCUGGACGUCUUCACCAUCCGAGAGGAGCUGGGCACCGUCAACGGCAUGACUAUCACCAUGGUGGGUGACCUGAAGCACGGGCGGACCGUGCACUCUCUGGCCCGUCUGCUGACCCAGUACAGGAUCACGCUUCGCUAUGUGACACCCAAGAACCUCCACAUGCCAGAGAAGAUCGUCAGCUUUGUGGCCUCCAAAGGCAUUAAGCAGGAGUACUUUGACAGCAUUGAAGAGGCUCUUCCUGAAACCGACGUCCUGUACAUGACCAGAAUCCAGAAGGAGCGCUUUGCCUCCGAGGAGGAGUACAAAUCUUGCUUUGGCCAGUUCAUCCUGACACCCCACAUCAUGACCGGAGCCAAGAGGAAGAUGGUUGUCAUGCACCCGAUGCCCAGAGUUAAUGAGAUAAGCCCUGAGGUGGACUCGGACCCGAGAGCUGCGUACUUCCGCCAGGCUGAGAAUGGCAUGUACAUCCGCAUGGCUCUGCUGGCUACUGUGCUGGGAAGAUGAAUUUCUCCCCCCCCCCCCCGUGCUCUCUCCUGUAUGAAUAUUCAGCUAGCCCACCGAAGCCACCAAAAAACCUUUUCUACAGUAGUAUACAAAACGGUCACACAGGGAACACACAGAAGGGAAGUUGUAGUAUUGUCCUUCACUGGAUCUGUGCGUCAUUCCUGAUGUUGAGCCUUAUAUAUUCUCCAUGUGAUCGCCUGUAUCAAGAUUAAUUGCUGAUCGUUUCCUUUAUCAACUGCAUUUCCACUGUUCUGUUGGUCAGUCCAUUAACUCUUUAACACUAUCUGUACGUUAGGGAAGCAGAUUUUAGAACCUUGUCUACUGACAUACUGCUUUUUCAUCUUUUUUGUUUUGUGAUCUUUUUUUCUGUGGUUAAAAGGGACCUUGCGUAUUUCAUUCAUGCUGUAUUAGAUUGACACCUUUGUAAGCCUGUUUUUGGUACUGUUCUGCAAAGAAUGUGAUUGUAUUUUUAGAUAAAUUAAUAAAUAAGCCCCUGGGUAAAUUGUA